CUUAUAAUACCAAACAUGACUAGUAUCCAUAAUGUGCUCAUUGUCUUGUUUGUGUGUCAAAAGGAAGAACUGGCCUUCGUCUUUGAGAUGCUGCAGCAGUUUGAAGAUGCACUAGUGCAGUAUGAUGAACUGGAUGCCUUGUUUUCUCAGUACGUUGUGAACUUUGGGGCUGGUGAUGGUGCAAACUGGCUGACAUUUUUUUGCCAGCCAGUGAGGAGCUGGAAUGGUUUAAUUCUCCGAAAACCAAUAGACAUGGAGAAAAGAGAGCUAAUUCAGAAUCAAGAAGCUACCCUACUGGACCUGCGUAGUUAUUUAUUUUCUCGCCAGUGCACGUUGUUAAUCUUCCUGCAGAGGCCGUGGGAGGUUUCUCAGCGAGCGUUGGAGCUUCUUCACAACUGUGUGCAAGAACUCAAGCUAUUAGAAGUCUCUGUUCCUCCUGGAGCUUUGGAUUGUUGGGUAUUUUUGAGUUGUUUGGAGGUCUUACAAAGAAUAGAAGGCUGCUGUGAUAGGGCUCAAAUAGAUGCAAAUGUUUCCCACACUGUUGGUUUAUGGAGCUAUGCUACUGAGAAGUUAAAGUCUCUGGGUUACUUGUGUGGGCUUGUGUCAGAGAAGGGACCUAAUUCAGAAGACCUUAACAGAACUGUUGAUCUGUUAGCAGGGUUGGGAGCAGAACGUCCUGAAACAGCCAAUGCAUCACAGAGCCCUUACAAGAAACUUAAAGAGGCCUUAUCAUCUGUAGAAGCUUUUGAAAAACACUACUUAGAUCUGUCCCAUGCCACCAUUGAAAUGUACACAAAUAUUGGGAGAAUUCGCUCAGCUAAGCUUGUUGGAAAGGAUUUGGCAGAGUUUUAUAUGAGGAAGAAAGGCCCGCAGAAGGCAGAAGUCUAUCUUCAAGGAGCACUGAAAACUUACCUUGCUGAGGGCUGGGCAUUGCUUGUCACGCAUACAAGAAAGCAGUUAGCAGAAUGUCAGAAGCACCUCGGGCAAAUAGAAAAUUAUCUUCAAAUAAGCAGUCUUUUAGCUGGUGAUAAUCACCUAACAGAAGAUGAGCGUAAAAGCUUUUGCCAAGAAAUACUAGAUUUUGCCAAUCAGCAAACAGAGAAUCAAGGUCAAAAAAUUAUAUUGCCUAUGCACUCCUUUGCACAGUUGAAAACUCUACAUUUUGACCCUCCAAAUGCUGUUGUCCAUGUAGGUGGGAAGUUGUCUAUUGAGUUGACUUUGAUGAGCCAAAUGCCCAUUCCUAUCCAAGUGGAUCAGAUUGCUAUUCAUGUUCACUUCAGCAUUGAAAAGAAUAAUUACAGAAAAACAGCAGAGUGGCUCACUAAGCACAAAAUCUCCAAUGGUGUUAUCAGCUUUCCAAAUGAGGUUGUAGGAUUUCCUUGGUCAAGAAAUAACUUGCCUGCGCUGGAGCUGUAUGAAAUGUAUGAACGAAGUCCCUCAGAUAACUCUUUGAACACAGCAGGAAUUAUUUGCAAAAAUGUGCACAUGCUACUACGAAGGCAAGAGAGCAGCAGUUCUCUGGAUAAGCCCUCAGGGCUAACUUUAGAAGAUGGGGCUCAUGUGUUAAAAUGUCAGAACUUGAUACUGGAACCAGGAGUCAAUAAAAUAACAUUCAGUACUCAGGCCAAGGAACCUGGUACGUACACCCUCAGGCAGCUGUGCACUUCAGUGGGAAAAAUACAGUUUGUCCUUCUUCAUAUUUAUCCAAUAGUGCAGUAUGAUGUCUAUUCUCAGGAGCCCCAGCUAAAAGUGGAACCGACGACUGAUAGCCUUUUGGCUGGCAUUCCACAGAAGGUGAAAUUCACAGUGACUACAGGUCAUUACAGCAUGAAGAGUGGAGAUACUUUGCAGCUCAGUAAUGCUGAUGCCAUGCCUAUUCUGUACAAUCCAGAGAGCAAGGCAGUGAUCUAUUCCAACACCAGAGAAAAGGUCUCAGAAUCAUCACUAAGAAUUCAGUCUUCUGAAAAGAUUACAAGCAUCAAUUUGCCAGUGGCUCCUGCAUAUCAUGUGAUUGAAUUUGAACUAGAAGUCAUGUAUUUACCAUCAGCCACAGAAUCUGCAGAGGAGGGGGAAAAUACUACAAAUAAAGAAGUUCAGAGAAAAAACAAAGAAAAACAAAAACUGGACAACUGUAUGGCUACUGUUGAUCAAAAAGUAACCAUUGAUUGUCCUUGGUCGAUUUAUUCCACUAUUAUUGCAUUAACAUUCUGCAUACCUUUUAAUGCCAAGCAUUCCUUAUUGUCAGCUGGCAAACGGAAGUAUGUGCAAGUCUGCAUACAGAAUUUGUCAGAACUCUGCUUUCAGCUUUCAGACAAUAACCUAAAAAAUACUGCUGACUGUACAGAUUUGCAGCUGAUACCUCUGAACUCUGAAUCUCAACAGGUCAUCUAUAGUAAGCAAUCAAUAUUCUUUGUGUGGGAAUUGAAGUGGACAAAAGAGCUUCCUCUCUCCUUGCAGUGCCUGUUUUCAGUCAGCUUUUGUCCAGCUACCUCUGAAAAACAGUCUCUUACCCUGAAGCCGUUCACUUAUGAGUUCCAAGUGGAAAACUUUUUUACAUUGUACCAUGUGAAAACUGAAAUUUUUCCACCACUGGGGACAGAGUACUGUAAAACAGGCUCACUAUGCUCCUUAGAGGUGUCCAUUACUCGUCUUGUUGACCUCUCAGAGGUUGACAGAGAUGAAGCAUUAACAGAAUCAGAUGGGUAUUGCACAACAAAACUUAUGUAUGAAGUUGUUGACAACAGCAGUAACUGGGCUGUCUGCGGAAAAAGUUCUGGAGUGAUAUCUAUGCCUGUAGCAGCUCAAGCAACUCACAAAGUCCACAUGGAAGUGAUGCCACUGUUUGCUGGAUAUCUACCCUUUCCUGAUGUCAGAUUAUUUAAAUACCUCCCUCAUCAUUCUGCUCACUCCAUGCAACUUGAUGCUGAUAGCUGGAUUGAAAAUGAUAACCUGUCUGUGGACAAGAAUGUGGAUGAUCAAGCUGACAGCAGCAGCAUAAGGAGCAGAGGUAGCUUGCAUUCUGCGGCUAGUGGGGAACACAAAGGUUUGCCAAUGCCCCGUCUGCAAUCCUUUUCAUCUGGUCAGGUCUUCAACUGCAGCACGGGUAUGCAAAUACUUGUCAUUCCCAGCAAGGACGACCAUGUUCUCGAAGUCAAUAUCACGUGACAACUUGGUAUAAGAACAAGGAAAAAACAAACAAACAAAAAAAAACAUUAGAAACUGGAUAUGAAAGCACUUUAAAGGAUUAUGACCUGAUUAGUCUUUGUUGCAACAUUUUAACGCUAAAGAAACCUAUGGCAUUCAACAUUUACUGGCCAUGGAAGCACCAGACAAUUGUAUCAAUUUAAAUGUACAGUGAAGCUUGUGUCAGCUAGUUUAUAUUGCCACUUUAAUAUGUUUUGUGUGAGCUAUUGGGUUUUCUCCCUUCAGUCACAUCCUGCAUCUCAACACAGGGCAACAAAAACAAAAUAAAUCCAAGUAUUUGGACCACUUUUUUAUUUUGUCUGGCAGCUGAUAGCUUAGUUUAAUGCUUCCUUCAUAUUUUAGAGUUAAGAUUUGGGUGACACAAUUAUCCAAGUCUUGGUAUUUUAUGUAAUUUACAGGCUUUUCCACAUGUGCCACAAGUACAGCAAAGCAUACAACAACUUGUUCAUCGACUUAAUAGUUGCUUUCCUGAUUUUUUUUCCUUUUUUUUUUUCUUUUUAGCAUUGUUAAUUCCUGUCAUUGCAAUCUUAUACUAAACUUCCAUCAUUUGCAUUCUUAAAUGCAUGGAAGACUACUGCUAUAAACAAUCUUAACUGAACAAAUUCCUUAUUUUUUUUGAGACUUUCUCCUUCACAGAAUAUACACUGUGAUGUCACAUAUUAUAUGGUUUUAUUUUUUGGGGGUGGGAUGGGUGGGACAUCCUCUUGCAUAGUUCUUACCAAAGAAAGAUACUGAUAGAAUUUAAUAAUAAAUUAUUUGGCUUGAGUUCCCAGAUUCAUUUCUUUUAUUAGCAUUUCUAAGUGGCUUGGUUUUCUGCUCCAAUUUUGAAAUUGGGGCAAAAAUUUCAGUAUGAGAUAAUACUUGAACAGUCAACCUUUCAUCACGAAGGCUUAGUGUAAUUAUUACUGAUUAGAGGCCAGACUUCCGCAUUCACGGGGGAAGAAAGAGGUUGGUUUGAUAUAGGAAAGCUUGCAGAUGUAGAAUAAUUGUGAAGCAAAGUUAAAACAUGUAACUUAAAGAAUUUCAUUAUUUAUAUCUUGAAAUGUAAAUACAAAAAAGUGUUUAAAAGAGAAAGUGUAAUUUUUGUGAAUGUUGCAAAUUCACCUGUGACUGGAAAAAUUACAACUCCUGAUGUCUUGCUUCUGGUAUUGAAACUUGUGCAUUUAAUGUGAGAAUGACCUUUUCUACUUGCAGUUCUAUAAUGGUGCAUUGUGAACAGACUCCACAGAGGAAAACCAUCCCAUAUCAGAUAUUUGUCAGUAAAGUUAAACAUAUUAGGAAAAAAAAAGGAACAGCUCAUUAGGCAAAUCAUUUUUUUUUGUUUGUUUUUCUUUUCUAAACUCAGGUUCUGCUAAAUUACAAAGGGGAAGGAAAAAAACCCUCUUUCCAAACUGAAUUGCAGUUAAAGAGUGAAAUAAUACCUUACUUUUUUUUGUUGUUGUUGUAUUUUUAUUUUUAUUUUUUAAAGCAAUGUCUAAAUAGAUGUAAAAAGUAGACCUGCUAGCUGAAAACGUUACUGUUAAGCAUCUUCUUUCUGUGAAGGAAUGCCCUUUCUCUGUGGAAAUCAUACCAUUUUGUUCUGGAUAAAACCCAAAGCAUCAUUUAGUGUGAGUGAAUGGCUGCUGGGAUUCUUUGACUGGAAAAGGUAACGAGUUUGUGACUUUGACACUGCAGGUAUUCUAAUUGAUUCCAUUUUCAUGGUUUGCUAUUAAAUCAUUUUUCACAUCGUUCUGUAAUAUACCGUUAGAUUAAACACAUUGUACUAAGAUUGUUUAAUGAAAUUGUAAGCGUUACAGUUCUAAAUAUACAUGUUUUAAAAAGAAAUCCAA